AUGUCAUCCAGUCUUCAACAACAUACCACCACUAGCGAGAUCCAGACUCAAAGACCCCUAUUCAAGCUCUCAGAGGUACCCGACGUGGUAGAAUACCUAGCCAAUCUCUCUUCAAAGGACCUUACAGCGAUUCUACGAGACGAACGAAUGAUGAACGAGUUCAAAUGUUCCUUGUACUCCGAUCCGACACAGAAUGCUCACCAGCCUUCAUCCACUUUUGGAAGCCAUUGUGGUCGAAUGGUGUUUGAUGAGAUCAUGAAGCAAGUCAGGGAGAAACGAAUGUUGAAAAGACUGGCCGAAUUGGAAGAACUAGAGGCCGCGAGUGAAAAAGAAAGAUGUUAUUUAAUUCUGACAGGUUUGAUGCUCAAACAGAUGAGGAUAAUAUCUAGGUUGGGUAAAAACCACGAAUAA